AUGCCACAAGAAGGUGUCCAUAUUUGCCCCUUCGAGCAGCUAUCGCUAUCAUCUUCGGACACGACCCAGCUACAGCUUGUCGUGAAAACUAUCCUCGACGCAAACCUGUGCCGAUACGAGCGCUUCUUGGAUUCGGACAACGGUAAAGUGAACUCAAGUUUCUGGAAGCUCGUGAAGACAACGCACCGAACACGAGUCUACCUCGAGCGUCAGUACAGACCGUCGUUCACUGCAUUCCAAGGCAAUUCUUCUCCUGUGUCCAACGAUUCCAAGCUGCAAUCACUGUUGUGUGUUGGCUCCACUUCGGGUGCACUGGACGAUUCCGUUGAAGUGAAAUGGAUGGAGUUAAAUGUUCGCUCCAGGCUGGUCAAAAACCACGAUUUCGUUUACGUCGAAGCCACUGGAGUCCAUCAGUUACUAAGCGGUGAACGUCUGGGUUACCAUCUCCUGCACUCGAUCGGUAUCCCAAUGGCUCGACACCUUCCUUACUGUGUACGCUCUCAACUCUCCGUGUGCUCCUUCUUCCGCCAAGAGAGCAAGACGUCAGUGUCUGUCUACACCCUGGGAGUGAUGGAUUCAAUGGACGAUCGAGCGCAACGGCCGGUUGUACCUCAUUUUGUCAAUACGCUGCUGUCGACGUUCAAGCGCACACCCUCUGUCAACAUCAGAUUGUCGCUGGAACCGUAG